CUCCAAACAUGCGGCAUUUUGGUUGCCUUACUUAGCAAAUUUGGUCCAACAAAACAAUCUGUGAUAAAAUACAUUCAAUAAUGUCCUCACAAUGGCAGAUAAUUAUGAUCUUAUAGGAGUAAAAUCUCAAGAAUCAAAGACCAAGGAGUAUAUAAGAUUCAUCAACUGCUCAGAUAGAAAAAUAGCAGUAUUUUGGAUAAAUUACAAUGGUCUUACAGCCCUUUACAAGAUCCUAAAUCCUUCUGAAUUUGUAAAUGUAAACACAUUCGUUGGACAUCCUUGGAUAAGCCUCGAUGUGAAAAAUAAAGAAAGAUUUUUAACAGGAGGCAAAAGAAUAUAUUACCCAGAACCUGGGUAUAUGAACAGGGUAAGAAGGCCACCAGAACACCUCAAUAUGUGCAGAUUAAAUAUUAAAAUAAGCGCUCCUUUACGAGACCUCAGGACUUUGUCUUAUAUGUGCUUGGUAAAGAUGUUAUCGAAAGAAGAAGAUGUUGAUCCAUUGGACUUGCCUGAAACACUUCGCAAGGAACUGAAAAAACUAAUUCAACAGGAACAUCGCUUUGAAAAUAAAGAUUAACUUAUUAUCUAGUUGUAGUAUUUAUAAUGUUACCAAAUAAGUAUUUUAAUAGAUAAAAAUGAAUAAACG